AUGUGCUGUCGUCAAUUGCGCUCUCCGGCUUCACCCUCUACGGUGUGGAGUCCUCCCGGUCAUUAUGAACGAUCAACGUCUCUCAGCAAUCUUACCCUCAGCCUUUAUAACAUGUUCAAACAGCGGGGCGUUCCAUCUGACCUUGAUGAGGCCAUCGAGCUCCACCGGGCUGCACUACUCAUCUGUCCCCCCGAUCAUCCUGAUCGACCAACUCCUCUCAACAAUCUUGCCAUCAGUCUCCGAUGUAGAUUCGAGCAGCGAGGUGUCCCGUCUGACCUUGAUGAGGCCAUCGAGCUUCAACUAAAGAGUCUAAAGUUCAGAUAA